AUGGUCAAAACAGACACCAUCAAACACACAUUUCCAGACACCGAUAUUGAAACCAUUCUUAGACAUACGUUUUUAAAUGAAGAUUUUCAAAUACGAUUUCUGAAACAUAAACAAGAGGUUUCUACUGUAAAUAUUUCAAGUGAUUGGAAGGGAUCAUCAUCGUCAUUCAAUAAGAACUCUCUUGCCAUCGGAACCACAUUCAAGAGAGAAACAAGUGCCGUUGUAGAUAAAAUUAAUGCUCCAUCAAUUUUAGGCAUUAAACGAGUGGACUUGUUAGUUACUGAAUCAUUAUUGAUGAAGAGUAAAACAGAAUGUCAUGUCGAAUGUGAUAUAGCAUUGGUGGGAGAAUCACCAAUGAAAGAAGCCUUUUCGAUAUCAUGUAUAUUUAAGUUUGAUCAAAAAACAGAAAAUAACUUCCAGAGUGUUGAAUUAACGAUUGAAAUGAAAGCGGAAUUCAAGAAGGAAAUUUGGGCAGUAACAGAUUUUGUUGAAAACGCAUUGAUCAAGAAUGAAAACAAAUUAUUUUGUAAAUGGAUAGAAAUGAGCUAUGAUGUCAUUCCGUGUGUUUGUGAUGGAAUGGAUAUUGAAAAUUCAUCACUCGAACAAGAUAGUGGAUCAUCAUCGAAGAGAGCACAGACACCAACGACAAAGAAACCCAGUGUUUUCAUGUCACUCAAGAAUCUCUUGAAGAAGAAAAAGAAAGAAGGAACCCAAAAUGAAACAGAGAAGAAGGCAGAAAUAUUUAUUAAACAUGUAGGAUAUGAGGAAGCUAUCAAGAAGACCAAAGAGAAGCAUCAAGAAAUGUUUGGAAUGUUGGCACAAAAGCAAGAGAAUGCCUAUUUCAUUAUCUUUUUCAGCGUGAUUGGCAUUAUUAUUGGACUGUUUUUGUUCACAAGUUUAUCUUCCUUGUUGAAGAAUUAA